UGCAAUAUUGUUUCUGGGUGACUUUAUAGCAGUAGGCGUUUCACUUUGUCGAGAUGAACACUGUUCUAUUUUUUGUUUUUGCCACAUUCAUUGUGGGUUUGUAUGGAGAUGUACAUCACUUAGAAAAAGAUCCUAAUGAUUCAGAUCAUCCAGGAUAUUGCAACUCAAGCCACACUGGCCUUUUGAAACAUGGAGAGACCAAAACACUACCCUGGUGUAUCAAGGCAGAAUGCCAUUCGGAUGGUUCAAUUGAUCUAAUAGGUUGUGGAGUGACUUCAAUAGCAACACCUAGAGGCAAUAAAAAAUGUGAGCCGAUCAAAGACAGCAAGAAACCUUAUCCUGAUUGUUGUGAUGACUGCAUCGUAGAUGAAUAUUAACUUGCAUAUGUACCCAAUUUCUAAUCAAGUACCAAUAAAAAUAAAGCAAUAUGAUCUAGUAGAAACUUUA